AUGCUGCUCGUCUACCAAACCGGCAGCGUCAAGGUCGGCGAGGUCGUGCGGUACACCGUCACCUACUACCCGUCGCAGGACCGCAUCCUGCCCUCGCCCGAGAAGCUCUACGUGCGCAUCCGCAACACGUGCGCCAUCGCCCUGCGCGCCGCCUUCGUCCACGGGCCGUACACCCUCUCCGUCGCCGCGUACCCGUCCAGCUUCAACCCGAACGAGCGCUUCGCCAACCCGCGCCGCUAUGGCGUCCCCGAGUUCGAGCCCAUGCUCAAGGCCGGCGGGUCGUGGGAGGGCGAGCUGACCGUCCCCGACGACGUGAGGCAGAGCGCGGGCACGGGCGCGCACGGGGGGUUCGGCAAGGGGCCCGACCACAACGCCGAGUGCGCCAGCUGGAUCAUCGAGGUGUCGUCGCAGAUCCUGUUCUCGACGUCGGCGGCCGUCGCGUACGAGGUCAUCGUCGCGAGGGACAAAAAGUCGCUCGACCUGGGCGGCUCGCUGCCCGUCGUUUCGGGGCAGAGCAAGGUGCCGCAGCCGGGGAGGCUGGAGGACCACCAGCAGGGGACUGCGACGCAGCACCAGGAGGACCAGUUCUCGUCGCACUCGAAGGGGGUCUUCUCCCGCGCGGUCCAGCUCAAGGUGGAGGAUACGGAGGCUUUGUGGAACACGCCGCGCGCGCCGGUGUGGAAGGAUAAAAAGAAGAAGGCGAAGGAGGAAGAGGCGGCGGCGGGGGAGCCUGCGGGAGGGAGCGAGGACCAGACGGCCGAGUCGAAAUCAACCGAGUCGAAAUCACAGGAGGGGUCUGCUCCCCGCGUACGGCAGAAGAAAGUACAUUUAGUUAUUCUCACCCAUGGGCUGCAUAGUAAUUUGGGGGCUGAUAUGCUGUUUCUGAAAGAGAGCAUCGAUGCUGCUGUGAAGCAGGCCAAGAUCGAUGCGAAGAAGAGGAGAGCCAAGGAACGAGCUGCUGAGAGGCAAGCUAGUGAAGCGAAAUCAGAGUCCGGUGUGUCUCGGCCAGGUUCAGCAAAUGGCGAUCGUGCUCCGGAGAAGGCGGACCACGUCAAUGCUGAUGAUUCUGAUGAUGAGGACGAGGAUGAGGAGGUCAUCGUGAGGGGCUAUUCUGGCAACGCCACGAAGACAGAGCGCGGUAUGAAGUACCUCGGUAAGAAGCUGGCACGGUAUGUGCUCUCAAACACAUAUCCAGAUCAGCCAUACCUCCCCAUGGGGAAGGGUGUACCGGCUCCGUAUACGACACAGGAUUCUAAGGAUCCUAAGGACCCUAAGGACCCCAAGGAUGCAAAGGCUGAGGGCGAGGCCCCCGGAGAUAAGAAACAACAUGGCACAGGUCACGCGGGCUGGCAUGGACAUCAUCCCCAACUACGCCCUCGAUCAUUCAAGAUAACAAGCAUCAGCUUUAUUGCCCACUCACUCGGCGGCUUGGUACAGACAUAUGCGGUCGCCUAUAUUCAAAAACACUCACCAGAAUUCUUCAACCUUAUCAAACCUAUCAACUUCAUUGCUCUUGCCACCCCCUUUCUAGGACUUAGCAACGAAAACCCGAUGUAUGUCAAGUUUGCUCUGGACUUUGGUCUGGUCGGACGGACUGGAAAGGAUUUGGGGCUCGCCUGGAGAGCCCCGACGCUUGCCAGGAGCGGGUGGGGGGCUAUCGUUGGUAACCUUGGCGAGACGGCGCACAAGAAGGUCUAUGGAGAGUCCCAGCCAGAGUCGAAACCCUUAUUACGGAUUCUUCCAACCGGGCCUGCACAUACAGCAUUGAAGAAAUUCCGAAAUCGGACCGUGUAUUCGAACGUGGUCAAUGAUGGAAUCGUGCCGCUUCGCACGAGCUGUCUCCUCUUUCUGGACUGGUAUGGUCUUGGCCGGGUUGAAAAGGCUCGCAGAGAUGCCGGCCUGGUCGAGACUGUCGUUGGCUUCGGGUGGGCAGAGCUUACCGGGACCAGCAUGGCUAACUCUCGUCAGAGGCAGUUAUUGUACGACGAGCCGGCGUCCGUGGCUGAUGGGACAGAAACACCCAAGGAGGCUGGGGAGGAUAUGCGCCAGGUGCCUCAGCCUUCCGAGGACGCCGUUCAAGAGGACGAGAGAGCCAGUAUUAGUUCAGUGCGGACACCGUAUUCUGAAAUUGUCAAGUCGGAGAAUGGAGAAGGUGUGGGCGGUCCCUUCUCGUCCUUCUUCAAUCUAUUCAAGAACAACGACCCACCGAAAGCAGAGCCUAUAUCAGAGAAGCAAAAGAGGAUAUACAGCAUGAGCCAGACGCUCCAAAUCACCGACGAUUCUUCUUCCGCAGUGGCUUCAAGCGAUACAGAAGCUCCUCCCCCACGCCCAAUGAUGGUGACUUCGGGGAAUGAGCUGGAAGAGGAUGAAGGCGGUAUGAACGCGCCCCCUCGAACCACCGUCUUCGAAUCUGCGGGCGACCUGCUCAACCCCAAAAUUCCGGACAUGGACUACAUUCUCGACCCUUCAAAACGGCCCAGAACCAUCUUCCACGACCGAGUCUAUCAUCCGACCGACAUUCCAGCACCUCCUAUCAAGGGAGGUACGACUCCUUCAGUACGCAGGAGGCUAUCACGGGUAAGCACAUGGGGUUCGUCCCAGAAACCACCAACCACCAGCUCACAGUCGUCAUCCUCAUCAAAGCAGGAGUCAUUGCAGCAGCCCUCAGAGGACAGCGAAAACAGCGCCGAUACCGCGAAGAGGCGGGAUUCUGAAUCAUCGACUAUGCGUGUGGAGGAAAAGAUUGCACGUGCCUACCACUACGAUCUCUCAUGGCGCAAAGUCCUCGUGAAGCUAGAGCCAGACGCCCACAACAACAUUUUCGUCCGCCGCAUGUUUGCCAAUGCGCACGGCUGGCCGGUGGUCAAGCACAUCGUCGAUGCUCACUUCAGCGACUCGGCCUUGGCUCGCAUGCGGACGGAGGAUGACUUUUUGGGCGAGCUUUCUAAGGACGUGAAUCAGCCUCCCGACGAGCAUGGCGGCGAGACCAUCUCUACUCCCCGCCUCACUGCGAACUUGGACAGCCCGCAGGCAGCAGGUACGGAGACUGACGCGCAGGAAGCGCUGGAUAAGGUAUCCAACCUUCCCGAGUCAUACCAAGAACAACCUAGGCGGUUUCAGUUCUCACGGGCCGAUUCGGUGACGUGGAGCGAUCGGGACUGGGUAGACAGCGAGAACGAGAGCGACCUCGAUUCUACGGCGGAGAGCAAGGCCAAGGCCAAAGCCAAGAAGAAGGAGGAGCAGCAGCAAAGGGAGGGCGGGGGCUCGGCAGCGGACUGGAAUUGGAAGGAGAAGAUUGUCGGGAAGGGCAAGAAGAAGAAGAGCAUCUCACUCUCAUCAGAGGGGAGCAAGGCUAGCACCAUAGAUAAGCGAUAG